AGCGGAGCCGCGGCCUCCGUCCACACGCCACAGAGGAACGGAGCGAUCUCGCCGGCGGACGCUCGGCACGUGUUCUUCAACUAAAGAACCACGCUGUCGUGACAAAUAGAUGAACUAGCUUACAGUGACCUUUUUGCGACAACUGUUUCCCAUUGUGUAGUGCUGUGUUGUGAAAAAUAAGUGUGUCUUUUGAGAGGACAUGCGGCGGUGAUACGCAACCCUUAAGUCUGAUAGUAUACCUUGCCAGCCAUCAUGAAGCGCCUCCAGAAGUGUUGUUGUUGCGCGUCCACGCGAUCGGGCACCCUGAUCACGGCGGUACUGGGCGUAGUGCUCUCUAUAGUUACCAUCAUCACCGUAUGGGCCGUGGAGAGGCACAGGGUCUCGUUCAAAACCUUCAUCUUCGGCGAAGACUUUGAUAGGAAGCUUCUAGCUCUAGACAUUCCGAGAAUAAUAUUAACUAUCAACUUAUGCUUUACCAUCCUGAUCUGCAUUCUUCUGUUUGUUGCUGUGCAGAAGAGAAGAUCAUGGAUGAUGCUGCCGUGGGUCGUGCUGGGCAUCGUGCUGGCUAUCGGCCUGCUGAUCAGCGUCCUGCACACCUCCAUCUCCUUUUACAUCCACGACACCAACGAUGAGGAGGAGAAGUACAACUACAACAUACUGGCCACGAUCAUUCUCGUGGGAGGAAUCAUUUAUUUAUGUGUGUACCUGUACCUUUGGGCGGUGGUAUUCAGUCAUUACCUGGACGUCCGUGAUGAAGAAGAGCGCGGCAGAUACCGAAAAGCGCCCUACAGACGAUAGAAAACAUGUUUUAGCUUUUAGAAGUCUAGUUUAUAAAUUGUGCUAGCGAUGAAUCACCGCUAACAGGAGGAGUGUUCUGAAUAAUUUUAAUCUAUGUCUUUUGAUGUAUGUUUUAAUAUGAAUCACCUCUCGAUCUAAUAGAAUCUUAAGCCAUAUCUAUGCCAAUUCUUAGUGAAUUAGCAAUGAUUUGAUUUUUAAGGGACUUUUACGAAAAUAAACUGCCUAUAACGUUAAAUCCUAGUUAAGUUUUCCGAUACUCAGUUAAACAGUAAUAAAUUUUAAAUAAUGCGAAUUAUGGAUUUUAAUAAUAACUACUAAAUAAGCCUUGUCCUUAAUUGGUAGGUAGGUAUUAUUUGGACGACACGGUAAUUUCAGGUAAUUUGGAGUAAAUAAUUAGUUUGAAAUGUCAUGGGUUGACUUUAUUAGUAGGGAAUUAUAUUUACAAUAAAUAAGUAUGAGUAAUUUCUGCAAUCGGUUACUUUUUCAUGUGUGCCUCUUGGGCUUUUGUUGCAAUUCAACAAAACAAGCACAAUUUUUGACAAAUAAGAUAUUUCCCUAAGUAAUAAUAUUUUAACACUUCAAUGGUAGUCUACACAA